AUUAAACAGACACCCAAUUACCGUUAUCGGUAGUGAUAAAAAUAAUCCUCCAGGUGAAAUUAAAUCUAUCGUCAGUAUAUUUCGUUGACAAAAAAACAUUGAACAUAAACUGGUGUGUGCAAUUAUUACGGUUUCAAGUGCCUUAGGGGGUACUAUACUAUGAAUAAUAUGAAAAAUUGAAGAAAAUAAUUUUUGCGAUUUUGACUGAAGGAAAUUUUGUCAAGUGUUAGUCUUUUCUCUCUACGAAAAAAAGCAUUUGUGUUUCCUAACAGAGGGAUCAUUGAAAGAAUAAGGAUAUAUCGCUUAUGAGAAAGUCAUGGUCAUCUACCUGUGCCCUACUGACAAAAAGUACGCCUGUUCCUGGGAAGGUAGUGCAGAAGAUAUUUUACCACACUUCGAACAAGAACAUGAUGACCUAUUACAUUUUAAUGAUACUUUCGAAAUCGAUUUGGAAGUGAGUUCAGAAAACCGACUCUUUUUUCUUGAUGAAGAGAUAUAUCUUGCUCAAAUCAGAGUAUCCAAUAACAUAAUGGAAAUUUUCCUGAGGUAUUUGGGACCUGAUAGAAUCGCUUGUCAAUUAUCGUAUAAUAUUAUUUUCAAGUUCAAUUAUGAAUUGUGUCCUGCUAGUUGCAUUACUGUUCGAAACGGUUAUGUAAGUGUUGAUCUCAGUAAAUUGGAAUAUUUGGAAAGUGUGAGGACUUUACAAUGUACCUUGAUCAUCAGUCGAAUUGAAACUGGAGCAAAUUCAGAUGAAGACGUCUUCUUAGAAAGAAAUUUCCAGGAGACUGAGCUGGACGGACGGUUACCUCAUAUGCCCCUUCAGAGGCAGAAAAAGGUCGAAGAAGAUAAUAUCAGUUGUAUUACAACAAAUACCAGAAAACAAUUAAAAACCAAUACAGAUGUUUCACUGAGUCGAUCUAAGACCAUUAACCUAGAGGAUUACAAGAGAAAACAUAUAAAGAGAUGUAUGAGUACACUAAGUUUGGGCGCGAUAGAAGAAAAUGAGUUUUCUGUGAAUUGUACUACCUGCGGUGUUAUUCUGGUACCUCCGAUAUACUUAUGUCCUUGUGGUCAGAGUUUCUGUUCUAAAUGCCAAACAGGAAUAUGUUGCUUUUGCAACGAAAGUGUCACAUUUAAGCGUAACGAGGAACUUGAAGAUAAUUUCACUAGAUUUCUACUUCCAUGUAAAUAUAAAACAUUUGGAUGCCCUGAAAAACUCAUUUAUACUGAACUCCGUAAUCAUGAGAAUAACUGUAUUUUUUGUGAAUACAAAUGUCCAAUAGAUGGAUGUGGAUUUGAAGGUCUAUUCAAGCAUAUGCGUAAGCAUUUGAAAGUGAUUCAUGGAAGCACAAAAAUGUUGGAAUCUUUCAUAGUUGUAUUUCAAAAUAUCCCUGAAGCAUUUUUAGUGAAUGAGGAUAAGGGAAUAUUUUACUGUUUUGUCCGUUAUUUUGAUGAUCGUGUAUUGUGGCAGGCUCAAUUUUGCGGCCCAAAAGAGAGAAGAUUUUUUUGUGAGCUGAAAUUCAAAGAUGGUAAAUUGAAACAACCAUUAUUGCUGAAGAGAACUGGGAUUGUAUAUAGUGUUGAAAUAUAUCUACAAGAUUUGAAAAGGAUGAAACUGAAAUCCAAACAUGCUAUUUUAACCAUAACAUCCUAAAUCAAUUGACCAUUAUGUUCAUAAUUCAUAUCACUGUCGAAAAUAUAAAUGAAAGAAUGAGUAGACCA